AACUUGCAGGUUCCGGCUGCAGCCUUACGUGUCGUGCUUGCACUAAUGCGUCUCAUACCACACAACUACUAUGGUGAUGGUGAUGACAGCACCGGAGACAAGACAAACCUGGCGCCAUCUCUGAAUACCUUCUAUGGGAUGGUCCUGGGCCAAGGAAUACUUUACCUCGUGGCCUGCACGCUCGACAUCUUCACAUUCAUCCCCCGGAGAUCCCUCGCCCGUCAUGGUGGAUUCAAAGGUCAGCUGGGAAAGGAAUCUAUCAAUCUGUACACGGGUAUAUUCGGGAGAAAUGCAUGGAAAGGGAUGCGCUUGGUCCAAAGAAGAUGAGCCUCAGCAGCUUUGCCAUGGAUUCCCUGAACUCGGACUCACCCAGGAUGCAGCUCCAUGGGAUCAGGUUAAUGCACAGCCUUCAGCAGACAGAGCCAGCUAAGACACAGCUCCUCGCAAAGCUCACCACCUCUGCAAACACAUCAGCUAGAUUAAUCAACAUGCUGGACUGGACGCAUCCAACGAACACCACUAUCAGAUUGUUCGCCGCCAAGGUGACCGCCGAGCUAGCAAAGGGCCUCAGAGUGGCCACUACCCCUGGGUUAAUUCAGAAUGUAUCUACGCGUCUUGAUUACGGUAACAAAGUGAGAGAACGAGGAAACCCACUUAUGGACACAGAUGAUGAACAAGAGGCAAUGCAUGAUCCAGUUCUGAAUGUCUCUGACAACCAUGAGGAAAGGUGUAUUUCAGUUCCGGACAGUGGCAACCUAUUGGAAACACAAGAUCGCUCAACCCAGCAAGUUGGCACCGCCGGACAGAGCUCUGAGGAGGAGCCACUAGUAGAGACCGACCAGGAUCUGCUCCCUGCUCUGGGAAUGUCAAUUCUUUACAAUCUGGCUGGUAGUGAUCAGAGCAACUGUGAGGAGAUAGUCAGAUCAACCGGCCUCAUUCCAAAGAUCAUAGGAUUCACAAGCUACCGUAGAAGCGACACGGCGUAUACUGACAGUCAAGGGAAGGUCCUUGUGACUUCAUCACUACAGCUGUCGCACAGGCUCACAAGCAUCAAUGGAGAAAUCGGCAUCACGCUGUGGCACAAGGUCUCGAAGCAUGCCUUCCUCCUAAGAAACCUAGCAAAGAUCCUCGAAGACUGCAGGAGCAGCCAAGAAUCGAGGAAAUUGGUGGCAGGAAUCCUCAGAAACCUCGCUGUCGACGGGAACACAAGGCAAGAGAUUGGGUGCAUCCAAGUGAUCAUCACGAGGCUGAUGCAGGAAUUUCUCAGCCUAGGCCAACCCUCAGUUUCACAUGCUGAUCACGUGCUACGAAAGGUCGCCGGGCAAGCGCUGGCAAUGUUGGCAAUGGAGAGUGUGCAAAACUCCUCGGUCAUAUUAAAUGAAACAGGGCAUGUGUUCAUCAAGGAACUCACAAUGAUGAUCCAUGAUGAUAGGCAUAGAUGUGUUGCAGCUAGUCUGUUGCGGAGUAUAGUCUUACAGGCUUGGCCCGAGCUUAACGAGUCGGAUCUGCAGGCAAUAUCUUACUCUGUUCGAGAGGUGCUGGAAAGAAUAAUGGAUGCAGAGGGGGCAGAGCUAGAGAUCCUUAUCGGCCUUAGUUCAGAGAUAUGUAGAGUCAUUCCUGCAGACUUUGCCCGAGAACUGGAGCAUGGCUAUAUUAAGGACAGAUUCGUCAAGAGGCUCGUCGAUGCGCUGAAUGCAAACAUGGAACCCAGUGCUCAUUACCGGGGGAUCAGGAGGGUGAUCCUCCAGCAAGCCAUAAACAUGAUGGAACAUGAUCCCUGUUACGCGAGCUGUUUCAGCAAUUGUCGCAUGAUGGAAGCGGUAUCCAUGGUGGAAGAGACGGCCUCAAAGGCUGAGAACUACUCCAUCUUCCUGGGAGAUGUUGGGCUCAUGGAGCACAGGGAGCCUCUCUCAUCUCUCGUUGUCAGGGUUAAGCAGUUGCUCGCCGUCCGUCCGACUCAGCAGCCAUCAAGUAGACUAGUGUUUGGUGCGCGCCCACGCGCGCGAUGA